AUAUUUUUUAUACGUUUGCCGAUUCAAGGAACUAACUGAGGAAAACUUACAUCGAUAUCAACCAUUCGCGCUUUAAAUAUGAUUUACAAAUACAUACUGGAACUUCUCCUGGAUGCAGCACUGGUUUUUGGACGAGACAAUUUUUAUCCAGUUCGCUCUUGUACUGAAGUCACACUUGCCGAAAUUCCACUAGACCUACUAAAGACGUGUGCUGAAAAAAAGGAUUUCAUAAUACACUGCCUCUCAGAAAAUACCAAUGAGGAAAUGGGUCUCAGUUGCUUUACACCGAUUUGGAUUGAUCAAGGAGAAUGUCCUUACUUUAACAAUUAUCAGGGAAAUUUGGAUGCUAGAGCCUGCAUGGGUACGCAGUGUGCAACCAAAACAUUCAGUUCACCGCUGUCUGUUGAAUAUAAAGGAUGUUACCCUAAAGAAUUAUUGUCCACGGUAUCUGCAACCACGACGUCUGUCAUGAAACAAAGUACACCGCAAAAUGCAACAACAGACAUGAUGCGUUUAUCAACAUCCGAACCACUAACAAACGGAUCGCAGGACAAUUGCUGUGAAGAAGAGCCUUGCCUUCCUGAAACAAUUGUAUCUAUUGUAAUAAGCAUUUUUUUAACGGGGUUCAUCUUCGUUAUGUUUUGGCACAAGACAUUCUAUGAAGGGAUAAGGGGAAAAUUAUGUGAAAUAAUCGGGAGUCUAUGUCUACGCUCAGAAGAUGAUGAUCCUCAUCGUAGAGAUGAUGAAAUCGGACAUUUAAAGCCCAAUGAAAAUGUGAUCUGAAAACAAAACCAGGCAAAAAAAUCUUAAGUCAAAUUUAAUUUUUAUGCCCCCGGAUCGAAAGAUCCCGGGGGUAUAUUGUUUUUGUCCUGUCUGUCUGUUUGUCUGUUUAUCUGUUGGUCUGUCUGUCUGUUGUCAACUUUAACCUUGCCCAUAACUUUUGAUUGUUUGGAGCUAUGACUUUUAUAUUUUACAUGUGUAUUCCUUGUGACAAGAUCUUUCUUUGGGUACCAUCAUAUUUGACCUUUUGACCUUGACCUUGGAGUUUGACCCACUUUCGCAAAAUUUUAUGAGACCCUUGGCCAUAGCUUCUGAACAGUUGGUGCUUGGGGUUUCAAACUUCACAUGUGUAUUCUUUGUGACAAGGCCUUCCUUUGGAUACUAACAACUUUGACCUUUUGACCUUGACCUUAGAGUUUGACCUACUUUUGAAAAACUUUAACCUUGACCAUAACUUUUAAACAGUUGGCACUUGGGGUUUCAAACUUCACAUGUGUAUUCCUUGUGACAAGACCUUCCUCUGGAUAUCAACCUCUUUGACCCUUUGACCUUGACCUAGGAGAUUGACCUACUUUUGAAAAACUUUAACCUUGGCCAUAAGUUUUCAACGGUUAGAGCUAGGGCUUUCAUACUUCACAUAUGUAAUCCUUGUGACAAGACCUUCCUUUGGAUACCAACCACUUUGACCUUUUGACCUUGACCAAGGAGUUUGACCUACUUUUGAAAAACUUUAACCUUAGCCAUAACUUUUGAAUGGUUGAUGCUAGGGCUUUCAUACUUCACAUAUGUAAUCCUUGUGACAUCACCUUCCUUUGAAUACCAACCACUUUGACCCUUUGACCCUGACAUAGGAGUUUAACCUACAUUUGAAAAACUUUAACCUUGACAAUAAUUUUGAAUGGUUUGUGCUAGGGCUUUCAUUCUUCACAUAUGUAUUCCUUGUGACAAGACCUUCCUUUGGAUACCAACCACUUUGACCCUUUGACCUUGACAUAGGAGUUUGACCUACUUUUAAAAAACUUUAACCUUCGCCAUAACUUUUGAACAGUUACAGCUAGGGCUUUCAAAUUUAACAUUUUUUAUCUUUUGGCCUGGAUUUUGACUUGCAUUUGAGAAACUUUAACCUUCGCCAUAAGCUGCCAUACGGGGGCAUCAGUGUUUCACAAACACAUCUUGUUAUGCUUUGUUUUUAUUUAGCAAAUAUGUUUAAAAUGCUAUAAAUUUGUAUGAUAUGAACUACAAAUGCUUGAUGAAAAUUUUAUUUUAUUUUUAAAAUUAUUUCUUAAGUUAUAUACUUACUUCAAAUUUUGACUUUUCUGUUCCGAGUCUACAGUGUAGAGUCAGUGACUCUACAGACUUGCUAGACAUAUUCUUGUUUUUUUUUUUUUCAAUAUCCGAAAGUAAUAAACUUUAACAAUUCGACUCUUGAAAUAUGAACGUCUCUUCGAAGAAAUGUUCAGUCCAAAAUUGUUAGUGUCGACGAAUCUCGCUGAGAUUACACAAAAACUCAACCCUGAUCUAUAAGUCACUGAUAUCAAGACACAUACCAGAAAUAAUUGAUAUUCCUUAAUCAGCUCAUUAUCCACAAACAGAGUGAAAAAAUUCAGAAAACAAACAUAUGGACUCGGUACAGAUAGUGUUCAUUUAAUUAAACAAUAAAUGUUUUCUUUGUUAGUAUGGUCUGCAAAAGCCGCAACGUUAAUUCCCAUACUAAAAAACAAAGGAAGGCAUUUUAUUGUUUAUAUUUAAUAUCUAUAUAAAUAUUCAUAUAAAGUAAGAUUAAGCAGGUAAUAUAUUGUAUUAUUGAAAUGUACGUCAUUGUGUUUCAUUGAUGGAAGAGCCCCUUCAAGAAAUCUUUACAGGUGGUAUGCUUAGUGGCGUUUAUUGACUGAUAAACGACAAUGAUUUUCUUAAAGAGUAAAGGAGAUCAUAUUCAGUGGAUCCAAAUAUUACUCAUUGUGUGUAUGUCUGUGUGUGUAUUAUUAUGUAUCAUUUUUAAACCCUCAUUUUGUAUAUACUCAUCCAAUUAAAUGUACAUUUUCAAAAUGACAAAGACCAAAGGAAAAUAAAACUGAAAUUUAACUCCAGUGAUUGUGCAAUAUUGAAAGUAAUUCUCCAUUUUUCACAUGGAUAAUUAUGAGUAUUUUUGGGUAGACGUUACUUUACCGGUCCCCAGAUCCGCAAGAUCCGCGCGCUCAUUGCACUAUGACGUAAGAUUUACGUCACUCAACUGACAAGGGUUAGUCUUGCACAUUUUUUGACUGGUUAGGGUUAGUCUGGCACUCACCUGAGAGAUUAGGGUUAGUCCUUGCACAAGUUUUCAACUGAUUAGGGUUAGUCUCGCAUCCAUCCGAGAGAUUAGGGUUAGUCCUCGCAAAUGGGAUAGUCUAGCAUCCGCCCGGGAGAUUUGGGUUAGUCCUCGCAUACCAUCCGAGGGAUUAGGGUUAGUUUCUUGUUUGUUUGUUUUUUUAGAUAAAUUAAGAAAUUCAGUUGCAUAUCUGUAUUUUUUGCAAGAUCUAAAUUCAGCUUUCACGAAUCUCUUUGGUUUGUUUACAUGAAAAAAUGGCUAAGUACGAAAGAAACGGCACUAAGCAUGCGCCGCACGCGCUUCGUUGACAAUUAUUUUUCGUCUCCUUUUCACUGAAUAAACAAUAUUAAUCACUUUUUUCAGAAAACUUGGUUAAAAACAUCGUUUAAAAACGAAGUUUUAAACUAAACUUUUAACCGUAGAAUUCGAUUUUGGGGUCAAAAAGGCUAAAAACCUCAUACUUUUAAUUUUUUUCGAUUGCUCACGCGAUCUCAUAUAUACUGAAGUCGCCUACGGAGACACUAUAUUUUAGCGCAUUUUUCUGGGGACCGGUAAAGUAAAGUCGUUCCGUAUUUUUUUUUUUUUACUUAUUGUAAUAAUUUUUAUUAUUUUUUAAUGUUGCAAUAUAUAUUUUGUGCAUCCCCGGUGUUUUCCAUUUCAAAAUGACUAGGAAUUAUUUUUUUUAAUACACGUAUUUACUUGAACCAAAAGAUUGCAAAAAUUUAAUUGGUUGAUAUUAUCAAGUCUCAGUAAUGUAUAGGAAUAUUUUAUGAGCUGAAAAUACAGGUCAAUUUUAUAAUAAUGGUUGUUUGCCCUCUCCCGAUUCAGGAUGAAAAAAAUUGGGUCGGUAGGUAUGUGAGAAAUUUUUUCUCACAGAAAAUUUCAACAUCAAUGCUGAAUUUUAAAAAUCUAUUUUCCGAAAUGCAUAAAAAAAAUAAUUGCUUCCUGGAGGUCAAAAUUUUUUUGGAGUCAGGCCAUUUUAGCUGGUCGGUCGGGAGAUGACAACCAAACAAUUUUUCAAAGUUGGCCUCAGAGGAAAAUUUUUUAUGGGAAAUGAAAGCACCAAUUUAAGUCUCUACUUUGUAUUGAUGUUUAAAAUGGGACAUUGAGUCUUGGUCAGUUAAUAGGUAUAUAGGCAGGGUCAUUUUAUGGAUAAAGUGAACCUAGCUCUUUUUUUAAGAAAUAACAGAAAAGGGUGCUAAUAUGCACAUAUUUAUAUUAUAUGACUGUAGUUUUUACAAUUGUGUUAUAUAAUUUUUAUGACUGUGUUCAAUCUUAUUACUACCAGGUAUUCACAAGUGCAAUGUUGUAUUUUGUCAAUGUAUAAUGUUGUAAAUAAAAUGCAUUUAAAUUUA